CUCACCUACCGGCAUUAAUGGCGACGCGACCGCCAUUAAUACCACCGCGGCCUUAUCCCCUCCCGUUUCCCAUCCUCAUCCUCCCCAUCUUAGAUCGAGCCACGGUUCCCUGAGUGCCACGGACAGAUCUGGCGAGCGAGAUGGUGGGAGGGGCGCGACGCGGGGCGAGGGCGCGGCGACUGCGACCGGCGCAUCAGGUGGCGGCGCCGCCCCAGCCUCCGCCACCGGUGGCGACGCUCCCGAAGAUCGAUGCGUCGUUGCCGGAAGCGCUGGUGGAGAUGCGUCGGGUGGUGAGGGAGAGAUUCCCGAACCGCUCCAAGUGGCCCGACAUCUUCAUGGAGAACCUUCGGCAUGCGACGUUCGAGGAGCGCGCUCACUUUGCGGGCGACGACGGCGGGAUGGACUACGAGUUCAUCUUCUGGGUGAUUCAGGAGGCGGAAUCAUCAGACCCGAGGCAGGCGGCGAGAUGGGCGCGUUUCAAGACAGCUCACCGUCAAGGCCCACCAUCCGCCCUCCGUCGGUGCUGCAGAUCUCCCGCAUCCCUCCAGAAGCGCUUCCGCCGGGGGUCGUCCUCCCCAGGGUCCCUUGAAGCUUCCGCAAUCCGGCGCAUGGGCCUUGCAGGAUGCCCCCGCCCUGCAAACAAGGCGCAGGAGGACCAGGGGAUCCACCUUGGAACCCCACCAUGGUCGGGUGAUCGCGGGGAGAAACCCCGUACAAAGGGGCGCAAGUGGAGGAGUGUGAAAUGCAUUCUUGCAAAACUAAGCUGCUUUUUACACCAAUGGAAAGUUCUCUGCGACGAUGGGCAAGCAAAUCUUCUGCAACGAUGCAUCCUCCUGCUGGACAAACGACGUGGGGAACUCCUCUGGAUUGCUUGGAGGUGAGGCUGGAGGGGACCAACUGAAGAAUCAGGGCGAUGGAGAUGGUGGAUCAUCCCUGAAGAUCUGAUUUGGACCCAUUCUUCUUCGUUUCCUGUUUUCCUGUUGGACCUCUGUAAUAAUUCAGUUUGGACACUGGUGCCUCUAGGCGUAAUCUGCUAUGUUGGUUGUAGGUUAUUUUCGGCGAGUUAGAUGCUUUGUAAUAUUCGGGUCGUUUCGGACUUUGUAUUACUUGUGACUGGUUGUGGUCUGCUUCAUUCUAUAAAAAUGGGGCAGGGGGGCAACCCCCUUUCUU